GGGCAGAGCCUGGGCAGCAGAGAGCCUGGGGCCCUGCGGUCCCCGCGGAGUGGAGGCACCAUGUCCUCACCGGCCGGGACACCAGACAGCGCCAGAAGCCCUGCAGGCCUGCCUAUGGCAGCACCCUGACACUGAGGGGAAAGCCCAGGCUGGGCCAGCAACACCUGCCCCCAACAGCCAUGCCCGACUGCUGCUCCAGGCGCCUCCCGGCCCCGGGCCCAAGAUGACACCCAAUGGCACCACGGAGGCGCCCAGCCCCGUCCCCGCGGGGGCCUUGGGGCUCUCCCUGACCCUGGCCAGCCUCAUCGUCGCUGCCAACCUGCUCCUGGCCUUGGGCAUCGCCCGGGACCGGCAGCUGCGCCACACGCCCGCCGGCUGCUUCUUCCUGAGCCUGCUGCUGGCCGGGCUGCUCACGGGGCUGGCGCUGCCCGCGCUGCCCGGCCUCUGGAGCCAGAGCCGCCGGGGCUACUGGCCCUGCCUCUUCCUCUACUUGGCGCCCAACUUCUCCUUCCUCUCCCUGCUCGCCAACCUCCUGCUGGUGCAUGGCGAGCGCUACGUGGCCGUGCUGUGGCCCCUCCGGCCCCGCAGGCGCCCACGGCUGGCCCUCCUCCUCACCUGGGCCGGCCCGCUGCUCUUUGCCAGCCUGCCGGCGCUGGGGUGGAACCGCUGGGACCCCGGCACCGGCUGCAGCUCCCAGACCGUCUUCCCAGUGCCCUACCUCUACCUCGAAGUCUACGGGCUCCUGCUGCCCGCCGUGGGGGCUGCCGCCCUUCUGUCCGCCCGCGUGCUGGCCGCUGCCCGCCGCCAGCUGAGCGACAUCCGCCGGCUGGAGCGGGCGGUGAGCCGCGGCGCGCCCUCGGCCCUGGCGCGGGCGCUCACCUGGAGGCAGGCGAGGGCGCAGGCCGGGGCCACGCUGCUCUUCGGGCUGUGCUGGGGUCCCUACGUGGUCACCCUGCUCCUGUCGGUCCUGGCCUUCGAGCAGCGCCUGCCGCUGGGGCCCGGAACUCUGUUGUCCCUCAUGUCGCUGGGCAGUGCCAGCGCGGCGGCCGUGCCCGUGGCCAUGGGGCUGGGCGAGCAGCGCUACACGGGCCCCUGGAGGGCGGCCGCCCGGAGGUGCCUGCGCGUGCUGCGGAGGAGAGCCCCCCGGCGGGGCCCGGCCCUCCACACCAGCAGCGCAAGCAGCGUGGACCUUGACCCGAACCGGGGCAAGGGCCUCUGCUGGCCCCUACUCGAAGCAUCUGUCCAUCUCGGCCACCAAGCCAGUCUCCUCUAGUCCCCAAGCCCCUGGACCAGAGGCCCUGCCCUUACGUGACCCCACCCUGACCAAAUAAACUCCUCCGGCCCUGUUCA